AUGGCCACAGCCGCUGAGACCAUACAGGCUUCAGGUCCUGCGGCUUCGGUCCAGGACCAGACGCUCCUCGUCUUUGCGCGCCUCAUGGAGGGCGGGCAGGAGGACGAGGAGACGUGCCGCGACCUCGACCUGCUCACCAAGAUGCUCAACGACGAUGCGGUUGCCAAGGAGGCCGACCCCGCCCACAAGUCUAUCUGCCGCGUCAUUGACUCCGACUGCGUUGACACCAUCCUCUGCUACCUCGACAUGCGCCAGCCCGAUAUUGUGCGCGGUCACGCCGCUCUCACCACCUCAGCCUACAUGCGCGCUGCUGGCGACGUCGCCUCCAACAAUCUACGCGCCUUUUUUCUCGACCGCGUCCAGCGCCGCACCUAUGACGACUAUAUUGUCGCUUUCUGCGUCGCCUCGGCCGCGUUUGCCAUUGUACCCGACCUGACGUCUGAAAUGUUCCUCAAUGAAGGAUUCUUGAGCUCGCUUGGGCCGCUGAUGCGCAGGCAAUGGAAGAGCCGUAAGGUGGAGACGGCUUGUCUCGAGAUGCUGAAUGCCGCCUGCAUGGACGGCAGGUGUCGCGAGGCGAUUCAAAAGUACUGCGUGGAGUGGCUUGAGGAGAUUGUGGAACAGUACACAAUGGACAUGGGAAGAAGAUUGAGCGAACAACCAGGCUUGCAAGGAGAAGAGGGGUCCGUUUCCAUGAGACAACAUUCAGAGCAAGUGCAGUAUCUUGCGGCCGUCAUCUUGGCCAAACUUCGGGCUGUGCCGAAACCAAGCGCACUGACAGACCCAAGUGAAUCCCGUGUCGAAUCUGCCGUCACGUCUAUAGAAGAACUAUCCGGCCUGUUUACCAAGAUGAUACUCCGAAACGAGGACCACGGCAAGCAACACUCCAUUGAAGGACUGGCAUAUGCCUCUCUGCAACCCCAAAUAAAAGACACCAUAAUCAAGGACUCGGAACUACUCAAGAAGCUGCUUUCUGUUCUCUCGAACGCGCCGCCCCGUUCGCCGACUACAUACGGUGCUCUGAGCAUCUUUCAGAAUCUGACUCGAUAUCGUCCGCUUCUGACCGAGGAGGAAAAGAAAAUGUCACAGUUGAAAGCGUACGCAAAUGCAGAGGGCAAAAUUCCAGGCUUGAAUCCGCUCGACGAUGACGAACACGUUGAAGCGCGUUGCAAAGCUGUCUUUGACGCGGGCAUCACUCCCGUGCUGGUCGCCCACGGCAAGCAUGAUUCUGCGGCCUCUCUCGGUAUUAUCGUCAACAUUAUUCUUUCACUCACCACAAUCAAGAGUAUACGUGGGCAGCUGGCCCAGCAGGGCGCCGUGAAGCUUCUCCUCGUCGCUUGGAGCAAUCUCGGCGAGAGCCGACGCGACGAGCGACGCAGCGCGGGGCAAGCCCUAGCCCGUAUCCUCAUCAGCAUCAACCCUGCGCUACUCUUUGGUGGCACACGGGCGCACCCCAUUGACGCGGCCAUUGCGCCGCUCGUAUUUAUCCUGCCGCCGGACCCCGCUUCAGAUCGACGCGACCUGCUUCCGACUUUUGAGUCUCUCAUGGCCCUGACGAACCUGGCGUCCAUGGAGGGUCCCGAGAUUGCGCAGCAAAUCAUUCGCCAGGCUUGGAACCACAUUGAGGAGCAGCUUCUCUCGGCCAACCACCUCGUGUCCAAGGCGGCCGUCGAGCUCGUCUGUAACCUGAUGCAGUCGCCCCAGGGUAUCGCGCUCUACGCCGAUGGCAGUGCACACGCCAAUCAGCGGCUGCACAUCCUACUCGCGCUCGCCGACGCCGAGGACGAAGGGACGCGCAGCGCUGCGGGCGGCGCGCUCGCGGCGCUCACCGCCUUCGAGUACGUCGUGCGCGCCAUCGUCCACCGCAAGCGCGGCGUCGACGUUGUCCUUGGCAUGUGCGUCGAUGAUAACGAGGAUUUGCGCCACCGUGGCGCCGUCUCCAUACUUAACAUGGUGGCCACAAAAGGCCGCAUUGGUAGCGAGGCGCGUGACAAGAUUCGCGAACAAGGCGGCGUCGAGAUACUGAAGGACUGCCUCAAGAAGAGCAGACGGCCAGAGGUGGUGCAGGCGGCUGCGGAAGCUCUGAAGCCGCUCACUGAGAGACAAAUCGAAGAAAUUGAGUAA